UUCAGGGUAACUGCUGCGGUGAACAUCAUUGCAUUUUCGUCAGCGGUGGUCAUUGUGGGAGGAUAUCCGCAUAAAGCAAGGUAGUUUGAAACCGCUAUCAUGGGGGACGACGCAACACGACGACUUAACUCUAAAAAACAAACUCUAGACGACGCUUAUGCGGCUCCUGCUAAUUUUUUAGAGAUCGAUGUAAUUAAUCCUAUUACACAUGGUAUUGGAAACAAAAGAUACACCGAUUAUGAAGUGAGAAUGAGGACCAACUUGCCUGUUUUUAAAGUCAAAGAGUCCAGUGUCCGACGACGGUACAGUGACUUUGAAUGGCUCAGGAAUGAACUAGAAAGAGAUAGCAAGAUUGUUGUUCCUCCCCUGCCUGGUAAAGCACUGAAGAAGCAACUCCCUUUCCGCAGCGAUGACGGCAUUUAUGAGGAUGAGUUCAUUGAAGACAGGCGUAAGGGGCUUGAGGUUUUUAUCAACAAGGUUGCAGGCCAUCCUUUGGCCCAGAAUGAGAAGUGUCUGCACAUGUUCAUCCAGGAGCAAGUGAUAGAUCGCAACUAUGUACCUGGCAAGAUCAGGAACACGUGAGCAACGCAGUGCCUCUCUCUUCUGCCAUCUCCUCAACAAGCCCUUGCUCUAGUUUGAGUGAACCCAAAAACAAUCUAAUACAUGCUAUAAAUUAUUCUUACCUUCUGACAUUUCUUUAUCUUGUUGAGUCCAUGUAUAUUUUGCUGAAUAUUUUCAUUUAUCUCAUCCUGCAAUUUUGUCAUAAAAGCCUUCAGUUUCAACUCAAUCAUCUUUGCUUAUGUUUAUGCUUGCAGUCACCAGGCUUUCAGAUAAGCAUGGCCCAUUUGAAUGAUUAAUCAGAUCACAGCAUCAUAUCUAAAUCAACAUCGAUUAGCUAAAGAAAUGUCUGACAAAACUUAAAUUGUUGUGGAGGAAAUAUUAGCUGCUUCAAAAUUGAAGCCUAACAGGACUUUUCAAAUAUAACGUUAUGUUUAUCUGAUUUAAUUCAGAAGUGAAGAUAUUUUGGAAGUGCUUGGCGAGGAGUCCAUUGAAGCUCACGCUGAGUUCUCAUCAAUCAGUAAGGGCUUUAGAUAAAGUAUUCUGUUUUGAAUCAAAUUUAUUUACUAAAUAUCAUCGAGGAGCUUGUCAAUUGAUUGCAACGGUAUUUAUGAUUUGUGUCAUUCAAGUUAUUCAUUAUUAUAUAGAUUUACCUAAAUAUUAUUUAUUAGAAGUAAGAUUAUAUUAUUUGCCUCAUUGAAUGACAUUUCAAGGAGAUCUGUGGCUUCUUCUGUAAACUCCAUCCUUGACUGGGUUCAUGCGUUUGGAAAUUAUCUGCCAACAAUCAGUACUACCUGGUAUGACACGUCCUAAACACUGCACUGUUCUACUGUAAUUCUUUUAUUGCGAACAUUUAACUUUUCCUCGUGAUCAGGUGAAUACCUCGGUGUUUG